AUGACCAACGAAAAAGAUCAACCCGAUGCGGGAUUACGGAGUCUAAAUCAUUAUCGUGAGAAGCUCCCAAAAUGGCGAUACAUGCUGCGGACAGCCACCCUGCCCCUCGUACGGUGGGAGACGCCUUAUCUCGCCUGGUUCCAGGAGAGAAUUCGCACCCCUUCUCUCGACUCGUGGUUUGCAAUCACCGCCAACCUCGGAACACAUACCUUCUACAUGAUCAUGCUGCCGGUUUUGUUCUGGUGCGGCUAUACAGAAGUCGGUCGAGGAAUAGUCCAACUAUUGGCCUCAGGCGUAUUUUUCAGCGGCUUUCUCAAGGAUCUGCUUUGUCUUCCCCGACCAUUGUCUCCCCCUCUCACUCGCAUAACCAUGUCAGGCUCAGCGGCGCUUGAAUACGGCUUCCCCUCCACGCAUACCACUAAUGCCGUCUCCGUCGUCGUUUACCUUCUUUACGUUUUACAUUCUCCGGACUCCAGCAUCAGUCCUCUGAAGAAUAUCAUCUUCCAGACUAUCCUAUACAUAUUUGCGGCAUCCAUUGUUAUAGGGAGACUGUACUGUGGCAUGCAUGGAUUCUUUGACAUUAUCAUGGGAGGCUUCCUUGGUGCGCUUUUGGGAUACAUACGAAUUGUGUAUGGUCCUUUGUAUGACGAAGAGCUGUUUUCCGGUUCGAUAAAAAUCGUCUUUGCCGUGGUUGUAGUUAUCCUUGCCUUGAUUCGGAUCCACCCGGAGCCUGCAGAUUCGUGUCCGUGCUUCGACGAUAGCGUCGCCUUUGCUGGAGUGAUGAUGGGAGCGGAGUUUGGGAACUGGCAUUUUGCCCAGACCAGUUAUCCUAUGCCUAGCUCUUACCCGGGGACUAUACCUUAUGAACUGGCAAAAGUUGGUUGGAUAAAGACCAUUUUGCGGAUUAUUUUAGGGAUUUUGAUGGUUUUCUUGUGGAGGGAGAUAAUGAAACCGUCCCUUCAUCGGGUUCUGCCACCUAUAUUCCGAGUUGUAGAACGGCUGGGCCUCAAUCUUCCCAGAAGAUUCUUCACCCUUGCAUCCCAAUAUGAACACGUCCCCGACCAUCUCAAAGACGACGACGUAAUCCCCGACGUCUCCGAGAUCCCCUCAAUCCUCACAUCCAUCCGCCACCCGCGCCGUCGCGCGAUCUCCAUCGGCCCGCAAUCCGAAGCCGACGCCUACGAAGCCCUCGCAUACCGCGAGAAACGGCGACAAGAAAGUAUCUCUUCUGACAAGGCGCGCAGCGUCAGCGGGCGACGGCUCUCACUGUUUCCGACGACGGUGAAUCGUGAUGGCUCUCCGGUGAGGAGGAGUCCGCGCAGGCUUGAUGAGUAUGAACAUAUGAUGGGGACUGGUGGGACACCGUCGCCUGGGUAUGCGGGGGUUGAAAAUAGGAAUUUGGAGAAUGCGAAUGCGAAUGAGCCAAGGGAUAAUGCGGCUGAGUAUCAGCAGCGGUUUGGGACAGGGGCUGAGGAGGAGGAUGAGGAUGAGGAGGAGAUGUUUUCGAAGAUCACGCCACCGCGGGUUAGAUAUGAUGUUGAGGUUGUGACGAAAUUGAUUGUUUAUUCUGGAAUUGGAUGGUUAUCACUCGAGUUCACCCCUAUUUUGUUCCAGGUUCUUGGAUUGGCACCGUAG